AUGUCAUCUCCAGAACAUUCUUCAAAACGGGUCAAACUCUCAUCAUCAUCUUCCCUUAAUCGCGACAUUUCUCCACCCCCACUUCGUCGCCAAAAAGGUACUACAACUGGCAAUCCUAUAGCCGCUGGAAGCUCGAGUAGCCCGAAUGCAGCUCCUCUCCACUGCGUUGGCGACCUCGACAGCCCUUCAAAAUCAAACAAACCUCAAAAACCGAAAGAUGUAUCGAGAGACCCAACACUUAUAAUCUCUUCACCCUUCAAACUUACCCAAAUCCGUAACCUUCCUGCCAACAGAAACGUCGACACAAUCACCAUCUCUGACAUUCUCGGCUCACCACUAAUCCGGGAAAUAUGGUCUUUCAACUUCAUGCACGAUCUCGAGUGGAUGGUUUCUCAUCUAGACGAAGACGUUGCGAAAGAUAUAGACAUCAAAAUCAUCCACGGCAAUUGGAGGAAAGAUGAUAUGAGCCGAAAGGCAUUGGAAAGUGAAAGAGAUAAAUUAAUUGAUCUAGCAAGCUCUGAUGGAGGGUAUAAGAUUGAAUUAAUCACUGCUUAUAUGCCGGAUAUGUUUGGGACGCAUCAUACCAAAAUGUUGGUAUUAUUUUAUCAUGAUGACUCAGCAGAGAUAGUGGUACAUACAGCGAAUAUGAUACCUUGGGAUUGGUCGAAUAUGACACAGGCGGUUUGGAGAUCCCCUAAGCUCCCGUUGCUUGCGGACGACAGUCUUGAACGGAAAGAGGGGGUGGGAUAUGUAUUCAAAGAGGCGUUCACGGCGUAUGUUGGGGCUUAUGGCUGGAGGACUAAGAGUCUGAUGGAACAGAUCGUGAAGUAUGACUUUAGAGCCGUGAGAGCUGUCUUUGUAGGGCAUGUACCCGGAGACCACGCGAUCAAUGGACCUGAGAAUAAACUAUUCGGAUGGAGCAAGGUCAAGAGGGUGUUGACUCGAAUCGGCAGAGGUGGCGGCCAUGGGGUGAAUAAAGCCGGGAGAGUGGUGUACACUGUCAAGGGUGGUGGAGAAAUCGCUAUGCAGUGUUCGUCAGUAGCGACACUAGGAGAAUCGUAUUUUGAUAGCGUUCUCUAUCCAACAUUUUCAACAUGUCGACCAGGUGGUGGACAACUAAAUGCCUUCGAUGUUCUACGAACUCCUAGUUCCUCUGCCUCCUCGUCCCGUCCUUCGAACCGUCCGGAAUUGGCUCUUGUUUUCCCUACCGUCGAGAAUGUUCGAACAUCCGUUCUAGGCUGGGAUGGAGGAGGCUCAAUCUUCAUGAAAUCUCAAAAGCCAGUCGAUAAAGCUCAACUCAAGUAUGUCAAACCAAUGCUUAGAGUCUGGGGACAACCGCCAAUUGGAUUAUCAACUGCCAUAGCUGUUGAAGCAGAAAGGGGCAAAGCCACACCGCAUAUCAAAACUUAUAACUUUUUCUCGCCUCCAAGAAUGGAUUCUAAGGACAGCGAUACGACUGAUGGCGAAGACGAGAGUGGAGCUUUUAAUAUUGUCUCUAUGGAUUGGGCGAUGAUUACAUCAGCAAAUCUAAGCAAACAAGCCUGGGGAAAUCCAACUAAGGGCAGCGGUCCUUCAUCGACAAGUAAAAUACAAUCGUACGAAGCAGGGAUAUUGAUACACCCAGGGCUAUGGAAAGACCUGUUGAAAGACGAAGCCGGAGCUGUGACUAUGUCUGCUGUCGGAAGCAAAGAUUGGCUCGUCGCUGAGGGUCAGAAAAUAGAGAACUGUGAUGUUCCGGAAGAUAUGGAUGGGAAAUGCAAUAUGGUUAAGGUUGGAGUUCGAUUGGCGUAUGAUUAUCCGCUAAAACCUUAUGAUGAAGAUGAUGAGCCUUGGUGUAAGGAUAUGCCAUAUGAGGGAAGGGAUUGGAAAGGGAUUACUUGGCCUCCUAGGUGGGAGGAUAGAUUGAGGGCGGCGAUGGGGGUGUUCCCUGGCGAUGAUGACGACGACGAUGAAUGA